AUGUUUUUCGCUGUCGCUUCGCGCACCGUCCGUCCAGCCGCGCCGCUGUUCGCGAGUGCCAAGCAGGUUAUGUGCCGUGGAUAUGCGGCACAGCCUGCGGCGCCCACGUCAACGUACAACAAGGCGCCUGACGCGGACGGCAAGUUUACCGUGACCCUGUUCCCCGGCGACGGUAUUGGCCCCGAGGUCUCUGGCGCGGUACAGCGGAUCUACGAGUCCGCGGGCGUCCCGAUCAAGUGGGAGGAGGCCGACGUGACGCCUUCGAUCAACGCCCAAGGCAAGCAAGUGAUUCCGGACGACACGAUCGCGUCUGUGCGCAAAAACACAGUCGCGCUCAAGGGCCCGCUUGCGACUCCGAUCGGAAAAGGCCACGUUUCACUUAACCUUACGCUGCGCCGCACUUUCCACCUCUUCGCCAACGUCCGCCCGUGCAUGUCGAUCAAAGGCUUCAAGACUCCGUACGACGACGUGAACACGGUCCUGAUCCGUGAGAACACCGAGGGCGAGUACAGUGGUAUUGAGCACGAAAUUGUGGACGGUGUUGUGCAGAGUAUCAAGCUCAUCACCUACGAGGCGUCGGAACGUGUCGCUCGCUACGCAUUCUACCAUGCACAGCAGAACAACCGCGCGCGUGUUACGGCUGUGCACAAGGCACCGAUUAUGAAAAUGUCCGACGGCAUGUUCCUCACCGCGUGCCGCAAUGUCGCGAAGGAUUACCCCGAAAUUGCAUACGACGAAGACCUUUUGGACCGUGCAUGCCUUCGCAUCGUGCAGGACCCCAGUCCUUACUCGGACCGUGUCAUGGUCAUGCCGAACCUGUACGGCGAUAUUCUGUCCGAUAUGUGUGCGGGCCUGAUUGGUGGUCUUGGUCUCACGCCGUCGGGCAACAUUGGCAAGGACGCGUCCAUCUUUGAGGCCGUGCACGGCUCUGCGCCGGACAUUGCGGGUAUGGACAAGGCGAACCCCACCGCGCUGCUCCUGUCCUCCAUCAUGAUGCUGCGUCACAUGCGUCUCUUUGAACACGCCGAGCAGAUCGAAAGGGCCGUGUUUGCGACGAUCGCUGCAGGCGAGCGUACCGGCGAUCUCGGCGGCAAUCUCGGCACAACUGCGUUCACCGACGGCAUUAUCUCGCGUCUCUAG